UUAUGGAUUGACGCGGACGAACUCCCACGCAUUGCUCGAUAAUACAUCGCCAUGCGCGAGAAAAUGCCACCGUUCAGAUUCAAAAGAGACACAAACACCGCUAAAACGCGUAGCGAGGAAGUCAGCAUCGAUACGACCGAGGCGGAUAUACAACUUCCUACAUAUGCCGAGGGAAAAGGAACUGAAACGGAGGAGGUCGUAACUGAAAGUCCAAAGAAAACCUUGGAGGCUAAACUUGAAAACUUAGGAAAAGAAGUAGGAAUACCAACAUGGGGUCUUGUUGCUAUUUUAAUAGGAGUAGGCAUAAUUGUUCUCGGCAUCUGCUUUUGCUGUAUACGAAGAUGUUGUCGCAAACGACGCUCCAAAGACGGCAAGAAGGGACUGAAGGGCGCGGUGGACCUAAAAUCCGUACAGCUUUUGGGGAGCACGUACAAGGACAAGGUUCAGCCGGAUAUGGAAGAAUUGACGGACAAUGCCGAGGAACCGGACGAGGCUGAGAGUAAGCAGAGCGAAGUUAAACUCGGAAAACUACAGUACAAGCUUGAGUACGAUUUUAAUUCCAACAGCCUCGCCGUAACGGUAAUACAAGCGGAAGAACUGCCGGCAUUGGACAUGGGUGGCACAUCAGAUCCAUAUGUAAAAGUGUAUUUAUUGCCAGAUAAAAAGAAAAAGUUCGAGACAAAAGUCCACAGAAAGACGUUAAAUCCGGUCUUCAAUGAAACGUUCACGUUUAAGAGCGUCCCUUAUGCCGAUGCCAUGAACAAAACUCUGGUCUUCGCCAUCUUCGACUUUGACAGAUUUUCGAAACACGAUCAGAUCGGCGAAGUUAAAGUGCCGCUCUGCCAAAUUGAUCUAGCGCAAACGAUUGAGGAAUGGAGAGAACUACAGAGUGUUGAAGGUGAAGGUGGACAGGAUAACAAACUGGGUGACAUAUGCUUCUCAUUGAGAUACGUACCAACGGCCGGAAAGCUCACAGUGGUCAUUCUGGAAGCCAAGAACCUGAAGAAGAUGGAUGUCGGUGGCCUCUCAGAUCCUUACGUUAAAAUCGCAUUGAUGCAAAAUGGAAAGAGAUUGAAGAAGAAGAAAACGUCGAUCAAGAAAUGCACUCUUAAUCCGUAUUACAACGAAUCAUUUACUUUCGAGGUACCCUUCGAGCAGAUACAGAAAGUACAACUCGUCGUCACUGUAGUAGAUUACGAUCGUAUCGGCACAUCAGAACCGAUUGGGAAGGUGGUGUUGGGAUAUAAUGCGAGUGGAACGGAAUUGAGACAUUGGUCCGAUAUGUUGGCGUCUCCCAGGCGUCCUAUCGCUCAGUGGCACACGCUGAAGGAUCCUGAAGACGGAGAUAAGAAGGAUUAAGAACGUUGACUUUCCACUUAAUAUACGGCUGACGUCAAUCCCAAGUGGAAGAUCGAUCGGAAAAAAAAGUUGAAAUUUUACGUGUGGAAUGAGACGCUGACUAUAUCGUCACUCAUCGAAAUAAAUAAAGUCUCGCUUUGUGAAUUCGCAAAGCGAGAGAUAAUCGUCGAUUGGAAGUCUCCUCCGCGACGGACGGAUCGACCGGAGGAGAUUCGAUCAUCAGGAAACGACAACGCAUAGCAUUUAUCACACGCGCAGAUUUAGGAAAUCCGUAAACCUUAUUGUCAAACAGUUAGAAUGUUAGAGUAACGGAUUCGCAAAUUGCGUCUUUUAAUCUCUUUUAGCGUGCCGCAGGCCUUGGAAGAAGCCUCCUUCCCCUUUUCCUAGAAUUUUCAUCUUACGAUCGCGCAUCGCGACUCGUUGUCGACUUCGUACGACGCGACAACGAGAUCGUAUGAUCCAUGCGAUCGUAAAAUCCCUCGCCGAUAUCGUGUUACCAGGUUUGAUUUUAUCGUUUAUUCAGGACCAAUUAUCGUAAACGAUAAUGUAUCGGGUAGAGCAUGUGCGAGAGGCACGUUAUUACGGUAGCAGCACUGUACUUAAAACACUUUAACGAAAAUUCAUGGAUCAAUAUAUUGUUGAAAACUCGGGAGCGUGGCGUCGACCGAGAGACAGCUGCGAUCGUGAUUUAUCCGAUUAUAUUGCAGAGUUAAAAUAAAAUUAAGAAUGGAAAAAUGACAAAGAAUAGAAAAAUUAAUUAAAUAUUUAUAGUCGUCCCUGAGUUAAAAAGUACUAUAUUGAAUUCUACUUCAAAUAAACUCGAUGCUUCCGUUCAAUUUAAUUUCCCAGUUUGUUUCUUAUUUUUUUGUAAAUUGCGUUUCAGCAAAUGCGAGAUAUAAAAAUUGCAAUUGCAAUCGGAACUUUCGGAGCGCGUGAACGUCAGCUCGUUUGCGAUUUUACGUGCGUCGGAAGUACCGUGCGUUCAUUCCUAUUAUCGGACGUGUGUGCAACAGUUUAAUGCUUCCGUCGCUUUCGAAGUAAUUUCAUCUCUUACGAAAUGAUUUCCGCCAUCGACGGCGCCAACGGAACAGCGACGGAACUGGUCGACGCCAUCGCUCGCGGAUUAAAAAUUUAGCUAGAAAUGGAUCUACUCUCUUUUCAAUUGUUCCUCUUUCCAUGUUUGAACAGUAAAACGGAUACGUUGCUGAAAGAAAGAGAUGGAGAGGAAGGAGGGAAAGAGAGAGCGGGAGCAGAAAAGGUGCGAUCGAAAAGAGAAUGGAUCUGGUUAAGGAAAACCACGUACGUCCUAUGUGUACAAUGUCGCUCAUUGUAUUGACAUCGUCAUUGAUAUCGAUUAUUACCAUUUACCAUUUACGAGUAACGUAUCUAAGUAGAGAUGGUGAAAAAUAUAACGUGAUGAAGUAAUAGAAACUAAGUAACGUGCACUGUGUAGUGUGAUAGUCGUAGAUCGUACGCUGAUCUCAGGAUCAUGUUGGGCGAAACACGCGACUCGUCAAGGAAAUCACGAUCGAUCCAUCCAGCAGGCUAAAAG